AAUUUUUUUUUUACCAGUCGGAAUACUGAUCCAAAUUACUCAUGAACAUAAAAUAAUUUGGGUAGACCCGUUUUGGAGGUUGCUGUUUGUAGCUACACCCGCUGCCACCAGGUAUUGUGAACUUCCCCAAAUAAUUAUCAUUAUAGUAUCUGAAAUGUCUAGAUUAGAGACAAUGGAUAUGUUGUCAUACUGUUAGAGGAACAGUGUAAAGAUCACUUGAAUAUUUUCAGAUUAUACUGCUUUAAUUUUAUUGGUUGAAUCAGUCGACCCAAUGCCCGCCUCUCCUGACUGAUUGACCACCAAUGCCUUUUGCGUGUUAGAUCACCAAGGAGAUGAGACAAAUAAGUGUGUACGAAGUUCUAACCCCUCCUACAAAAUUUUCCUCGCAUUCUAACUAGUUCAUUUGGUUUGUGUAUUCACGCCCUCCAAUUACAGUAUGACGGCUGAAACAAACAGUUCGAGUCCCUCAGAGCACCUGGGAAGUGUUGAGGCAAUGUUAUAUAAUUGACUCUCUGGGCAAACUUGUAUGCGAUGACAGUUACAAGUGCACAGAAUUAUCAGAAUAUGACCCAUUUUCUGUUAGUCAUCUGAUCAGUGUGUGGUACUCUCAUGGUUAAGUGACUUAAGUCAUUAACUUGUGUGUUGAGUGUGUAUAUGUGUAUGUGUGUGCGAGUGUGUGUUUGAGUAUUUAGUAAAUAAUCUCUGUUUGCUGCAUUGUUGCUUCACUCACCUCUCAUUUACAGGUACUGUGGUUGUCGGGCACACUAGGGUGGCCCGUUAUAAUACAUCCUUCAUUCCUCACACAGCCAAACUGUGGAAUGCUUUGCCUUCUUCUGUGUUUCCAUCCUCUUACAAUCUGCCUCGCUUCGAAAAACUGGUUUUCCGGCAUAUUCGUGGUGUAGAUUAACGUAUUAUUUUCUCAUGUCUCCCCCUCCAGGCCCCGUUUUGGGUCGAUGACCUGUGGCCGGGUGGGCUAUUCCCCAUAAAAAAAUGUGUGUGUGUGUGUGUGUGUGUGUGUGUGUGUGUGUGUGUGAGUUCUUGUCAUGGAGAUAUUCAGUGGGGCGUCAAAAGGAAAAGAACUCUUGCAUUAUCCCGUCAAGUCAAUAUGUACACUCCAUUAACGCAGAGAGAGAGAGAGAGAGAGAGCCAUAAAAACCAUUUCAUGUACUUUAUACAUAACGUUUUUCACAAGACUCCACUAGCACACACACACACACACACACACACACACACACAUUUUGUCAAUACUUCUGGAAAUAAAAACAGUUUGAUCUGAAAUGGAAGAGAAUACGCCAGAGUUACUGCUGUAAAGGUUAACUAUAUAUAGUAAUAGUAAAAGUUAUAUAUGGAUGGAGAAGAGAUAAAAUGUUGAACGGUAUCGGUAACUCUAACAGGCAACUACCGCAGGGUUAACAACAAAAAGUAAAGGAGCGUUAACUCUAAUAAAACAACAGCAACAACAGCAUUACUCUCAUUAGCAUACGAGUAUUAUAACAGGUAAGGGAUAAUGGUAGAUUUGGUGAGAUUAAUAAGUCUCCGUCCAUAGUGACAGGUGAUGUCUUUUAUCACUGAGAGAUAGUAUUCCAUCUACCUGUCAAUUAAGCUUCCCGGAAGCAAAACGUCCCAGCUCGGCGGGAAAAAAAAAAGUCCCAGAGUCUAAGCAAAUUUCAGGACCCUUUCAGUGAAUUUUUGGGUUAAUUUUUUGUUAUGGUAUUAUUUAGUCUACAACACUGUCAACUGUAUCAUCAAUAACGACUACAACACCGUCAACUGAAUCAUCUACAACGACUACAACACUCAACUGAAUCAUCUACAACGACUACAACACUGUCAACUGAAUCAUCUACAACGACUACAACACUGUCAACUGAAUCAUCUACAACGACUACAACACUGUCAACUGAAUCAUCUACAACGACUACAACACUCCCAGAAACAUCACCUCCUUGCUGCCUGACUAUGCCCCCUGAAGUUCAGCAGGAAAUUGCAUCCCUCAAGGAGAACAUGUCUCUGAUACAGACUAAAAUAUCCCUGGUGACUCAGGAACUGGUGGAGUGUAUGAACAACGCCACUAUUCUCGAUCGUGCCAUAACGCUUACUAAUACCCUACGUGACCUGGUGUUAAGGCUGAAGGAGGUCUUCGUCAGGCUCCAGCAGUACCAGACCUUACCUCAGAGGAGCAGAUACAAUGAUGCUUGCGGGUCAAUUGAGCGAUCGCUUUUGCAGAGGAGCUUAAGUGGCAUGGCCGAAGUGGAAUGUGGGAUGAGGAGCGAGAAGGUUGUGGAAGCUCUGGAGGAGAUGAUGAGGGCCGCCAGGGAGAUGGCCAGCGACCCCACACAACACCAACUGCAAGACAACACCAUAUGUGCCACUCGGCACCUCGUCAACACCUUCACUGCGUUAAUACGAGGGUCGGAGGUACUGAGUAGAGAGGAAUCUGCCACCUUGGACCAGCUGCUUCAGCAAUUGACGACCGCCAAGAUGGAUCAAAUUCACCGCGCCAUUAGUGACAGUAAACAUGCCAACGAUAUCUGGGAGACAACCCUAACGGCGGAGCUCGAGGCACUCGCCCAUGUUAAGGAAGACCUGAACGAGAAGAUACAGGAUGUCCAGAAUCGGCAACAGCAGGAGCAUCAGGACAACAAUGAGACUUAGAAACCUUAUUAAACAGUAGAGGAAUGUAGAGCAUACAAGGGACCUCUCCAUAGUGAAGCCAACACUAUUUUCAGGAUGACUUCGAAAGGUUUUGAUGACACAUCCAUACCCGGCUGGCUGGAUUAAAGGUAAUUUUAGGGAUAUCUUAGAACAAUUUAUUCAAAGAAAAGCAAAAUAUGAAUUGAUGAUAAUUAUAUGGUCAUAGUUAAAGACUUGACAACUAAUGUGAAUUGAUAAUAAGUACUGGGUUAUCAAUUAGGAUUCUCGACCUCGUAUGUCAGAUAAUUCUUAGAAAAGCUUCACUUGUGUAAUACUGGAACAUUAAUAUCACUGUAUCUUGUUAUCUUACACCAGUUGUCACGUUAUCUAACAACUGCUAUUAUGGUUAUCUUACACCUGUCAUGUUAUUUAACACCUGUUGUUUUGUUAUCUAACACAUGUUAUGAUUUUAACUUAUACAUGUUAUGGUGUUAUCUAACACCUAUUAUUUUGCUAUCUGGCAUCUGUUACAAUGUUAUCAUACACUUGGUAACAUACAUGUUAACACAUUUUAUAAGAUAUAUUGUUCAAAUACUUAGGAGAUAAUAAUUCCCGCCGCAUUAAAUUAUUUCAUAUCG